GCUUUGGCGCCAUCUUGUCGACAAAAGGUUUAUGAAGAACCGGGAACGAACGGGAAACUUCCUGUGACGAAGGACGUAAAAGUGCGUCAUGACGCCAUUGAGACUUUGAGACGUUCAGGUGUCUAAAACAGGAUUAUCUGAAUUAACUCUGACAGGAUGACUGCAGGAGCCGUGGUGUCGGUGAUCCUGGCCAUCGGAGGAGCUGCCAUGUUUUCCUCCGUUCACAAGAUCGAUGAAGGACACACUGCUGUUUACUACAGAGGUGGAGCUCUGCUGACAGCCACCAGCGGCCCAGGCUUUCACCUCAUGCUGCCCUUCAUCACCACCUACAAGUCUGUACAGACCACACUGCAGACAGAUGAAGUGAAAAACGUCCCAUGCGGCACGAGCGGUGGAGUGAUGAUCUAUUUCGACAGGAUAGAAGUGGUGAACUAUCUCAUACCUUCUGCUGUGUACGGCAUCGUAAGAAACUACACGGUGGACUACGACAAAGCUCUGAUCUUCAACAAGGUGCACCAUGAGCUGAACCAGUUCUGCAGCGUACACUCACUUCAGGAGGUUUACAUCGGCCUGUUCGCUCAGAUCGAUGAGAAUCUGAAGCUCACCCUGCAGGCGGAUCUGACCAACAUGGCUCCUGGUCUCAUCAUCCAGGCUGUGCGUCUGACUAAACCCAACAUCCCUGAGACCAUCCGCAGGAACUAUGAGCUCAUGGAAACUGAGCGAACCAAACUGCUGGUCGCUGCUCAGACGCAGAAGGUGGUGGAGAAGGAGGCGGAGACUGAGAGGAAACGUGCUUUGAUUGAGGCAGAGAAGAUCGCUCAAGUGUCCGAGAUCAAAUUCGGACAGAAGGUGAUGGAGAAGCAGACGGAGAAGAAGAUCUCUGAAAUCGAGGAUGGUGCAUUCGUCGCCCGUCAGAGAGCUAAAGCAGACGCUCAGUUCUACACGGCUCAGAGAGUAGCUGAAGCGAAUAAGAUGAAGCUGACUCCUGAGUAUCUGCAGGUGAUGAAGUACAAAGCCAUAGCAGCUAACAGUAAGAUCUACUUUGGCAGUGAGAUCCCACGCAUGUUCCUCGACUCCAGAAGCCCGUCCAACCCCACCGAGCUUCUGAUCGAGGACGUCCUGAACACAGACUGACGGCGCAGAGAGAGAGGAACAGACGUCCGUCUCUCCAUCCCUCCCCUUCCCUCACCCACUCUCUUGCUGGGAAUCAGAGCAGAACUGCAGAAGAGGCAGCUGUAGAGUUUCUGCUCUCACCGUGCGCCUCUCCGUUGUCCUGCGUCUCCGUGGUCGUUUUUCUCCCAGAACACACACCGUGUUUAGAUACGAGCUCAGAGAUAUUCUCCAGACGUCUAAACAACCUCAAAGCGGACAGAAGACUCCGAGAAAGACAUGCACUGAUUUCUGUAAAUACUUCAGACCAAACAGAAAGGUUUUGAUUGUUGGUUUGUCGGUUGGUUUUCUGAAGAACAGACACGAAUUUCACAAGACAUCACAUGUUCCUUCACCCAAGGUGGAGAAACCUGUUUAUUCUCCAAACAUACAACAGUCUAAAAUCUCACGUAACUCCUCUGUGGAUGAGACGGACGUGCGAGAAAGCCUGAGCGAGUCUUUAAAGAUUUACUUUUCCAACACUGGGGCGCAAGAAUAAAAUUAGUCCCGUGGCGUGUGUGUGUACGCCGGGUCUGGGUCAGAACCACGUGAUCCGGUUCUGUUACACACCAGGCCUGAGUGAUGAGGAUGACAUCAUCACCACUCUUAUACUAGGGGUAUCACGGUGUACUGGUUUGUUCACAAGACUCCAGUAACACACACUGAUACGUUAAAGUGUCCGGUGCUAAGUGUGUUCAUCGUGUCACAUGACCCAGGAGGAAUUCCGUCAGAGCACGACGAGGUUCCGCUAAUUCACUAACGUGUUUGUUUUAGCCGCGUCUGAUCUGUUCGUCACUUUUACACAGAAAUCAGAAAGAAACCGUAAAGGGAACAAAAGCACAUCACAUCAUGUGAACUGGUUACCUGUGAACAGUCCUGCUCAGGUUGUCAUGGCAACAGGGAGGAAUAAAGUCUAUAUGAAGUAAACAGGAUCUUUAGUUUCUUCUGGAAGGUACAGGGAAAUAAACCAGUGUUGGUUUUCUCUUAGUGGUAAUCUCUCUCUCUCUCUCUUUAUCUCGCUCAUUCUCUCUCUCUCUCUCUCUUUCUCUCACUCAUUCUCUCUCUCUCUCUCUUUCUCGCGCUUUCUCUCUCUCUCAUGCUCUUGUGCUCACUUCUUCUAUCUUCCUCUCACGCUCUCUCUCUUUUUCUCUCUCUCUUGUUCUUGCACGCUCUCUCUCUCUUGCUCUUGUUCUUGUGCUCACUUCCUCUAUCUUCCUCUCUCUCUCACUCUCUCACUCACUCUCUCUCUAUCACGCGCACUCUCACACAGAGGUUUUGCCUUUAAUGUUAGUAGGUUAUUAUCCCUCUCCAUUUUUGCUGUAUUUUUAAGAAUAGUCUUCCUCCUCUUCCACCCUUCAAGUCAACAUCUGGCCAUGAGCUCAGUGUUCCAUUACCCACACACACACACACACACACACACACACACCUUAUUUCUCAGUAAGUCGGACAUGUUCCUGAAAUCAGACCCUGUUUUGUUCCUCACUCUGACUAAAGAUGUUUGAAUAUUUACAAAGCGCUUAGUUCUCGAUUGACAUUCGAACACAACAAACCUGAGAAAGUGUCUAAGACACAGAAAUUGAAAUCGGCUCCGUCUGUGUAGAGAAACGAAUCCGCAUCCAGUCUCACUGUUAAACGAUGUCAUUGAUUCCGAGUCGUUAGUGUAAUCGUUAGUACAGACGUGUGGUUCUCGGCUCGGCCGACCAUCGAUACACGCGUCUCGGUUCUCAUCAUGUUUUGUCUCUCUGUUUGUAUUCAGUCUUUUCUAACCGGGUUGUCCUGCUGAAUUCUGGACUCCAGUACAGUUUUGUUUUCAUCUAUUAAUCCCCUCGUUCUAGUACGUUACCCUUUCUACCGUAACGAUAUAACAUGCCUUCGGCUGCCGUGCCGAUUAAAAUCGGUUGAUUUUUUUUCUGAAACAGAGGAGUUUAGGUUUUCGAGAGAAGAGGAACAAACUCGUCCUGCUUUAAUGAGGUGCUUGAACUACUAAAUAAAACUUUAUCUCAUGUU